AUGAUGCAGUCCACAACAAUGCCUUUCAGUCCGAUUAAGGAUGGCCGCCGCAUUCUAGGCGAGAAAGACACCAACGCGUGUCUCUCGCCGGCCCACCAGAGCAAACAGUCGCUCUCGGUCGUUGGCACGCCCACCAAGCGAACGCUGUUCACGAAUGUUUCACCUAAAAAGCUCCUGCCCUCACCCAUAUUUGCCGGCCAAAAAAGGACUAGGGAUCAGGUGGAUGAGGUCGAAAUCAACACUGGAUGCGGGCAGGACCCGCUGGGCUCGCAAGAAUCAAGUUCUCAAUCCACCAUCAAACAGAGCAUUAACGAGCCUGCCCAAGUACCAAACGCGACGGAUGUCAAUGUCAAUGUUGGCGUCUCGACACCCACCUCAACCCAACCGGAACGCGACGAGACAUCCGACGAUCAGAUGGAAACAGAGAUACCCCCAACCGCGUCUCAGAGCCUGGAGAACGACACAAGAUCCAUGCCCGAGGAUUCAAACGCGCGAAAAAUGUUUAUUCAGGAGAAAGCGCUGCUUCUCCGAAACACCUUACAAACCGCCAUGCGCAAUGUUACUACUCACCAAUUCGAUCGCCGAGUAUCCGAACUGGAAGCACACAGCCGCAAGUGCCCUCGGAUCUCUCUCGCCGCUCUCUCAUCCCCCUCCGUCUCCUUCAAAAACACCACGCCCUCUCAAUUCCGUACUCCCCGCAUUGGCACCAUGGCCGACAUGACCUCCACUCCUUUCCGAAGCACCCCUGAUCUCCCCAGACACCGCUCCGCAUUCGCCGACUCUUCUUCCUGCGUGAAGCCAUCCCAACGCACUCCACCCCGCGCAUUUGGAUCUCCAAUGCAACUGAGCAGCCCACCCGCUACUGUCGUCCGCCAAAGCCGCACCCGUGAGGUGAGCGAGGAACCAAGGCCAGAAGAAAAACCUGAAAAACACGAGGAUCUAUCACCGUCUCAAAGAGGGGACGCGGUGGAUGGGUUACUCAAGCUCAUGAGCACGGCAGGCAGUCAGGACAGUUCAGACGCAUGGACCGGACAGGUUGAUGGCCGUGGCUGA